ACCGCGCGCCUGUGACCGCGCGCAGCUCCGUUACUACGGGGGCGGGAAGGAGCCGAAAACAAACGGCAGCGCGCGGGAGGGCGGCAUGGCUGCCGGCGGAGCGGAUGAUCCAUCUCUAGAGAGGCAUUUCAAAGGCCACAGAGAUGCCAUCACUAGUGUGGACUUCAGCCUCAAUAAGAAACAAUUGGCAAGUGGCUCAAUGGAUUCAAGCCUGAUGAUCUGGAGUAUGAAACCUCAGAUGAGAGCCUAUCACCUCGUGGGCCACAAAGAUGCAGUGAUGUGUGUUCAGUUUUCCCCUUCUGGCCACCUUGUAGCUUCGGGCUCCAGAGACAAAACAGUCUGCUUAUGGGUUCCCAGUGUCAAAGGAGAAUCUACUGUGUUCAAGGCUCACACAGCAACUGUAAGAAGUGUUCAUUUCUCCAGCGAUGGCCAGUCCUUAGUUACAGCUUCUGAUGACAAAACAAUCAAAGUGUGGACAGUUCACAGGCAGAAGUUUUUGUUCUCACUCAGUCAACACAUAAAUUGGGUUCGUUGUGCCAGAUUCUCUCCUGAUGGACGAUUAAUAGCAUCAGCCAGUGAUGAUAAAACUGUCAAACUGUGGGAUAAAACUAGCAGAGAAUGUAUACAUUCCUUCUGUGAGCAUGGGGGGUUUGCAAAUCACGUGGAGUUUCAUGCCAGUGGUACAUGCAUUGCUGCAGCUGGUACAGAUAACACUGUGAAGGUGUGGGAUGUUAGGAUGAACAGACUCCUCCAACAUUAUCAAGUGCACACCGCUGCGGUGAACAGUCUAUCCUUUCACCCCUCUGGAAAUUACCUGAUUACUGCUUCCAAUGAUUCAACUCUCAAAAUUCUGGACUUGCUCGAAGGAAGACUUCUGUAUACUCUUCAUGGUCACCAGGGUCCAGCCACCUGUGUAGCAUUCUCCAGAACAGGAGACUUCUUUGCCUCUGGAGGAUCUGAUGAGCAGGUGAUGGUAUGGAAGACUAAUUUCAAUGCAGCAGAUUACGGUGAAGUUCUGAAAUCUCACAAGUCUGGUGCUGAUGUGGAUGAAACCCAUCACAUUCUGCCAUCAGAAAUGGAUUGUGGUGUUCAUCUUAAGAAAACAAAGUCUCAGGAUGCUGGUAGGAACCAUGAACGGCAAGAGGAGGAUGUCCACAUUGCAGAUACCUUGGAGCAUAUUAUAGGACAGCUGGAUGUUCUGACUCAGACAGUUUCCAUCCUGGAGCAGAGGCUGACCCUCACGGAGAACAAGCUGAAGGAGUUUCUGGAAAACCAGCAGAAAAUCAUUCAGAACAAAGAGAAUUGAGUUUGUGAAAGAGGAGCACUGCUGAAGGCCCUUGGAGGUUGCAGGGGUUUGUAUUCCUAACAGACCGGGUAACUUUAGUGAUUUGGAAAGUAAUCAAUUUUUAAUUCAUAUGUACAGUUACUGUAUCUGUAAAUACAAAGCUUUGUUACUUUACUAAAAUAAAAGAUUUUUAUUUAUAAGA